AUGGAUCCUUCUGAGAAUCAAAGGAACAAGUGUGCAGCAUGCUAUAGGCAGUUUAACAAAAAGGAGCAUUUGGUGGAACACAUGAGAAUUUCAUAUCAUUCAGUUCAUGAACCGAUGUGUGGAAUUUGUGGAAAACAUUGUCGGUCAUUUGAGUCUCUUCGUGAUCAUCUCAUAGGACCAUUGCCAAAAGCUGAAUGUGAAAGGGUGUUUAGAGACCGCGGAUGCACCUUUUGUUUACACAUCCUUAGCAGCCCAAAUGCUCUAAGGGUUCACCGUGAUAGAUGCCAAUUAUCACGUGGAAGUAACGGCGUACUACAUCGAUUUGCUAACUUAGGCAUCCAAGACGAUCUGAGAAUUGAUAGUGGAUAUACAAGAGCAGUCGCUCUUGCCUGCAAAAUGGUUGGUGGUGGUAGUGAUGGUUCUUUAGAUCAAUGUGCACGGAUUUGCAUUAUCGAUGAAUACGAGAACAUUCUAUUUCAUACUUAUAUCAGGCCACUACUUCCUGUCACAAACUACAGGUAUGAGAGCACAGGCAUACGACCAGAAUACCUCAGGGAUGCAAUGCCAGUGAAACAUGUUCAAAAGAAAAUUCAAGAUUUCUUAUGCAAUGGGGAACCAAUUUGGAAGAUCCGCCCAAGAGGUGGGAAAGCAAGGAUUCUCAUAGGCCAUGGUCUGGAUCAUGACAUGAGAUCCCUCGAACUAGAUUAUCCUCUCAUAAAGAUAAGGGAUACCGCACAAUAUCCACCCUUAAUGAAGACUAGCAAGCUUAGCAACUCACUCAAGUACCUAACAAAAUCAUAUCUCGGCUAUGAUAUUCAAAACGGGAUACAAGAUCCAUACGAUGACUGUGUUGCAACAAUGAGACUUUACAGAAGAAUGAGAUCUCAAGCUCAUAGAGUGGAGGAAUAUCCUCUUGCUACAGAUUCCCAAAACAAGGGUAACUUUUCUUCAUGGCGGCAGGGUGAGCUUGAGAAGAUGAGUCCUCAUGAACUGUUGGCAAUCUCAAGGACUGAUUACUACUGCUGGUGCUUAGAUAGUAAAGAUGUGUCUUGAAUGAAUAUAUAUGGCUCAAUUGGGCUGACUAAUUUAUAAACUAGUUAGAUAUAAAUGGAAUAAACAUGGAUAUAUAUCCAUGUAUCUUUAGAUGAUAAUAAAGAGAUUAUGCAUAAUACUUAG